AAUUAUGACCUGCCAACUUCAAAUGACACCGUCUUAAUGGAUUAUCCAUCUUCUUUGGCCAUCACCAUUGAAGCACCACCACUCUUCCAUAGCUUCCAACUUCAAAGAUUCUUGCUUUCUGUUUGGUAAAGAGUGUUUCAUGCUUCUUUGUGAUUUGUACAAGUUGAUUUGCACUUUUAUUUGGUUUCCAUUUGAUUAUUUGCUCUACAAAUUUGAUGGUUUGUGGUAAUUUUGCAUAACAAUUAUCAUGGAAGCAACUGCUAUUAACACAUUCCCUAGUUUCCAGAUACCUACUUCCAAUAUCACAAUGAGAAAUUACUUGCUUCUUGAUCCUGCAAAGACUGCAUUUUUAACUAGUAAUCCAAAAAUAAAGUUAUUUUCCAAGUUUCAUAUACUAUCCCCCAAAACUUAUUGCUUAGGGACUAAAACUUUGGUUGAAAAUCAAGAAGAAGAAGAAGAUGAUGAUAGUGAUAAAAAUCGGGUCGAUGAGGACCUCACCAAUGUGGAUUGGGAAGCAAAGUUCCUUGGAAAGAUGGAGACAUCUGGAGAUGUUAUUCCUGAGAAAAAGAAAAAGAAAAUAAAAUCAAGAUUGCUUAAGGAUACUGAAACAAUGGAUUGGUGUAUGAAUGCUAGGAAAGUUGCUCUCAAGUCUAUUGAAGCUAGGGGAUUGACUCCUGUUAUAAAGAAUAUGGUUAGUGGCAAUAAAAAGACCAAAACAAAGAAGAAGAAAAUUAAAUCCAAGGUUGAUAAGAAAAACUCAAAUGAAGAAAUUGAUGAAGACGCGGAAUUCGACUCUGAUGAUGAAGAUUUGGAUUUGGAUGCUGAAGUUCCUAUGGGCAAUAGAAGUGACCUUAGGAGGAAUGUAAGCGUUUUUGCUGAUGGUAUGUUUGAGGAACAGAAAGCUAAAACCAUGGAAACAUUUGUCCAAAGGUUAUCUGAGUUUGCAGGACCAUCGGAUCGUAAGAAAGAGAUUAGCUUGAAUAAAGCGAUUGUUGAAGCAAUGACAGCUGAAGAAGUGUUAGAAGUUACUGCUGAGACUGUGUCAGCCGUUGCGAAAGGGCUCAGCCCUUCGCCUCUUUCUCCAUUUAAUAUAGCCACGUCGUUGCAUAGGAUAGCGAAGAACAUGGAGAAAGUGUCAAUGACUAGGAGUAGACGGUUGGCGUUUGCUCGCCAAAGAGAGAUGUGUAUGCUUGUAAGCAUUGCUAUGACUGCUUUGCCUGAGUGCUCAGCCCAAGGUGUUUCAAAUAUCGCGUGGGCACUGUCGAAGAUUGGUGGCGAGCUUUUUUAUUUGACAGAAAUGGACAGAGUGGCAGAAGUAGUGUCAACUAUGGUUGAUGAGUUCAAUUCACAAAAUGUUGCUAAUAUAGCUGGGGCGUUUGCGUCAAUGCAGCAUUCUGCUCCAGAACUAUUUUCGGGGUUAACAAGGAGGGCCUCAGACAUAAUUCAUACUUUUCAGCCUCAAGAGAUUGCUCAAGUCUUGUGGGCUUUUGCUUCUCUCUAUGAGCAAGCUGGUCCCAUGCUUGAUGCACUUGAUAAUGUUUUUAGUGAUGCUAAUCAAUUCAAAUGUAGCUUGAGUAAAGAAAGAACACCAGAUGUUGAUUCUGGAGAAAUUAACAAUCCCGUGCUAGUUUUUAAUAGGGAUCAGCUAGGUAACAUAGCAUGGUCUUAUGCUGUUCUUGGGCAGAUGAAUCGAGCUUUCUUUGCCAAUGUAUGGAACACUCUCAGCUAUUUUGAGGAGCAACGGAUAUCUGAACAGUAUAGAGAAGAUAUCAUGUUUGCUUCCCAAGUUCAUCUUGUGAACCAAUGUCUCAAGCUAGAGUACUCACAUCUUGACUUAUCCCUAAAAGGUGAACUGGAGGAAAAAAUUUCCAGAGCUGGAAGGACAAAACGGUUUAAUCAGAAGGUUACUUCCUCAUUUCAGAAGGAGGUUGCUGGCCUUCUUGUCAGCACUGGGUUAGAUUGGGUAAAAGAAUAUGCGGUGGAUGGUUAUACUCUGGACGCAGCGGUCAUUGACAAAAGAGUUGCUCUUGAGAUAGACGGCCCUACUCAUUUCUCAAGGAACUUAGGAUCGCCCUUGGGACAUACAAUGCUAAAACGGAGAUCUAUCGCUGCUGCUAGUUGGAAGCUCAUAUCUGUCCCUCAUCAGGAAUGGGAAGAGCUCAGAGGAGGGUUUGAGCAGUUAGAGUUUCUCCGCGGCAUUAUCAAAGAUCAUUCCGAUGAAGGGAGCUUCAAUGUGGAAGAUGGUCAUUGAAGUAUAGAAUAGGAAAACAAGUAGCUGUAUCUUAUUGUGCUUUAGUCAUUCCUUCUUCGUUCCUCUGUCAUAUAGCACAUGUAUACUUCUCUUACUUUUCAAAGUGAAAUGUCUUCAGAAUUUUGGAUUCUA